AUGGGGUGUAUUUUUAGACCCAGGGAGGGGGGGAGAGGGGGUGGGGGAUACCGGAAUGGCACAGACAUGGUGUUAUUGAUUCAAAUCCCCAUGUGUCAGAGUGGGAACAAUGCCAACGCGCUGCUGCGGUUGGGUUUUCCAUCUUGUUCCUGGAGGAGGUCGAGGCAAAGUCACGGCGUAAUGAAGGCGUCUGAGCAGCUGCAGGGUGGGACGUCUGAGCAGCUGCGGGGUGGGACGUCUGAGCAGCUGCAGGGUGGGACGUCUGAGCAGCUGCAGGGUGGGACGUCUGAGCAGCUGCGGGGUGGGACGUCUGAGCAGCUGCAGGGUGGGACGUCUUAG